CGCUUCAUUGCUCUCAGGAACAAAACAGAAAGAUGAAACCUACAGAAAUCCUCAUGAAAUCCGGCGACAGUGAAGUAGUAGCCGGAAAGAGAGAAGCUACCAAAAACAAGCCCCAAUUCCGGCCGGCUACUGAUGACACCAAACCCCUUCUCCAAGAUCCGAUCUUAAGAUCAGACCCAAUUGAGACGGAGGAAGCUGUUCUCCGAUUGCCCCCUUUCCCUCCUAUUAAUUAGUUCAUGAUUUUGUAUGUAUGUACUCUUCUUGCAGUUACUUAUGUAUUAAUUUGAUGGUUUUAUUGAGUGUUGUUAAUUUCAUUUAAUUUCUGGGUACUUUGUUAAGAAA